CCAUGCGGACGCGUUUCGUAGCUAUUCCUAGCUCUUCUGUAGUAGCGCGAUAGAGCCAGAUAGGAUUUUUGGUCGCCACGCAGCGUCAACGAUUGACCUUUGGCUAGGUCGGCUGAAUUAAAGCGCAGACGGAUGUUCUUUUUCAGAUCGAUGCUUUGUAGAGGCUUGUAGUAUCUGUAGUGCGCUAUUCCUCUCCCGUAUGCAUGUUUUCAGUUCUACCUAAACUAAUAUCGUACCUAGAUCAUUUGAAGUAUUUACAACUUCAAUCGUCAAGUACAAUAUAUACAUUUAUGAUCAAUUAGACUUACAUAUUUGAUCUUUUCGAUACAUGUCUUCUUUUUUUCACAGGUAGACCGAGUCACCCCGCCGUGACGCCUCCGCCCGACCCCGCGCACAUACCCCCUGAGCCACCCCCUAAGCCAACCGAACCUUUCAAACAAGACGACAUUUUUUUAGAAAAGCCCUUCCUUCCCUCGAAGCCCAUUUCUCACUCGCCAAAAAUUUCCCCAUCGUCAAUUCCGAACCCCAGCCCUAGUGUCACCACGACGAAACAAGUGGAACCAGGCUAUCCUAGCUACGGAGGAUACCUUUACUCCAUCCCGGGAUAUUCUGCGUUCCAACCUGUCUCCUACCAGGGUAUCAUGCCCCCAAACCAUGCGCCUCAAACCCCGACCGACUUCUCCUUCCCGCCAACGAAAGAAAAUGUUGAAAAGACCGAAGAAAAACCUGAUGAACCAGCAAAACUUGACACUCCAAAAGAACAAGACUUUGAAGAACAUUUCACACCCGAAAUCAUACCGGCUGUUUCCAUUCCUGAUCCCAAACCUCAAUCAGUUGAAUCUAAAAUGAGCAUCACUUCCCUCUCGCAGGGAUCUGGAGCAACGGUUACUAUCCCAUCGCAAGCGAACACCAAAGAUGCAAAAAAGAAGACCCCUGAAAGAUUCAGUCUUAAAACUAGCAUACCAAUCAGCAAAAUUGAUAUGAAAUGCGUUAGUAACCCUCCAGACGCGAUAUACCAGAACGCUGUUAGUAAAAAAAUUCAAACACCAUUCAAUCCAGCUUUCCAAUAUCCAAAAGACAUAGUUGAAAUACAAAGUAACAUCGUAUUAAAGAAUGCACAGAACGAACCCGAAGUGAAACCGGAAGUACCGAAGCUCACUAGCAGUACACUGCACCCUCCUGUGACGACGUGUAGUAAUAAUAUCAGUGCCCUGUUAAAUGCUGCAGAGACAAUAAACAAAACAGAUAAUCAGUUUUGGAAACCGGAGCCCAAACCGACAUCACCGACUGAAGGAAAGGAGCUCCCAGCAUUCACACCACAAGUGCCAGCGUCUGCAACUAAGACUAUGUAUAACCCUGUCACUACUGAAGCCAAUAAGCCAACUUUUACCAACAAACCACCUGAUAACCCAUACGGAGAGCAGAAAAACCAAAUUUUAUUUAUUCAAAACAAAAACACUUCUAAUCCUAAAAUGCUGCUGACGAUCCAGCAACAAAACCCACAGGUUUUACUGCAAAGAAGUAACUUCGAGUCAAAAAACCUGCAAGCUCCUUCACGACUGUCUGGUCAAAUAAAGAAAAGUAAAGAAGAACACAUGAACGAGAACGGAACCUCGUCGAAGGUGGUGUCCCUGAAGUGGCUGCACCAAGAGAACUGCGACGAGAACGAUUUCGAGAAUUUGAUCACCGAGAACCAGAUAUAUGGGAAUAAGAUAGUCGUGAAGGAGAAGUCAGGAACCUUACAAGAACAAGAAUUGAAAAAGAACAAAGACAAACAGACACAAGAAACAAAGAAUGUUGUGUUACAGCCAAAUUUUUUAUACUUGAGUAACGUACAAUUUCCAGCAAAUUUAAUGAUGAUUAAAAAUAAUAAAAUCGGUCAAGCAGCAGAUGGUAAGCCAAACAAAACUGCAGCCAAUGAAAAUAAAACAAAUGAUGCUAAUGUCGGUACUGAAACAAAUAAUAUAAAAAACAUUAAAGCUCAAAAUGUGACGACUAGCAAAGAAAUUCAUGUACUCAAAUCAAGUAACAAUGUUUUACAAACGCUAGCAAAUAAAACAAAUAAAUCAGAUAUAGUGUUUCAAACAUCUAAUCAAAAAGUUAUCAUGAAUCCACAAAUAGUAUAUCAGGUGCCUAUGAUUGUAGACGCUGAUAACAAAAUGAACCAACCGUUUAUCAAUAGAGAAUAUCCUAAAUUUGUCGCACAAAAUAAGAAAGAAUUCCCUAAACCCCUAGAUACCAGCAAGCCAGACAAGUUAUUUAUUGCAUGUCCAUACCAGAUGGAUUCUAAAUUACAACCAAAAAUAGUGAUCACUAAUAUUAGACCCAAAAUUACUAAAGUGGAAGAAGUUAGCUCUUUAGACAUGUACGAGAAGAGAAGACGGAUGCGUCGACUCAAAUAUCUAUCCAAUCGUGAUACCAAAGAAACAUCGAAAUCCGAAAUCAAAAAGACGACAGAGAAAACAGAUAGCCUUAAAAAUAUAAUCACUCCAGAUAAAAUGAAAGCGGAAAUUUACAAGGAAUUUGCAAACACUAAAAUUAAAAUAGAAGACGAUAGCAGUGACAGUGACACCGAUUACGGAGAAAACGAGCUGAAAGAAUACAACGCUAUAAUAGAUGAGUUUAGCAAACCGAGUGAAGUCGAGACGGGGAAGAUUGAAUUUCUGGCAAGUUUUCGACUAGCAACUCAGGAUGCAUUUAAAGAAAAGCAGCUAGACCGAGAUGAGCGGAGUUUAAGCAAAGACGCUGUAGCGUUAGCCUACAUCACCGCAGGGCGUCUGGAUCGGUUGUGCAGAGAGGAGCUCCCGGAAUCUCCAGUACCGACCACGGAAGACUCCACGCCGGCAAGGGAUCAGAAGGAACAGCAUCCUGCGCAGAAACAGCUAUUCCUGACGCAACUGCAGCUCACACAAGUGCCUCCGAAGUAUAGAGACGGGUACGAAAAGGCGUGGCAAGUCAUAUUGCAAGAAAGAAAACGCAGAAACGGAACAAUCCAAGAAGACAGCGCAAAGAAACCUCGCCCCCAUAACGAAACAGACUUCGAUCCGAAUGGGCAACUACAGCUCUUAACAGAAAUCAAAAAAUGUGUCAAUGAGAACAACAAUCUUAUCAAAAAGCGAUUAGACUCUUCCUGCGAUGAUGGAGAGAGCGACAUCCACGCGUUAGCAGAAAAGAAUUUCUCCGAACUGGACAGGCUAUCCAAGAUGGCCGACCGAAGUGUCAAACUGUACAGCGGUGUAGACUCUCGAAAACGCGAUUUGAACCCCGGUUUCGACAGCGAGAACAUCCAAAAACCUAUAAAGAUUGAACAGCCGUACUUGAAUUACCCUAAGAUAAAUAUACCUAAUAUAUCUAAGAUAAUUUCGUUGAAGAGUGUGCAGGAGUCGGCGGGCGGGAUUUCGAGUCCAGCGACGUCUAUGGACGAGCCGGGGAGCGGGGCGGCGGGGGCGGGGGGGCGCGGGGGAGGGGGGAGGGACGCGGCGAGCCAGGCCGAGGAGCCGGCGUGGCCGGGCGUCGAAGCGCUCAUUAGGAAUUAUAAGGAAUUUGAAGCAGCUCGUAAAACGGAAAUCUCAACCCUCCACCGGCGCAACACCCAACUACGCGUGGAGUGCGCGCAAACAACCCGCGCCGCGGCGGCCGAGGCAGAGCGCGCGCGCGCACUGUUGGCCGAGCGACGGCAGUUAGCGCGCGAGGAGGGCGCCGCGCGCGCAGCGUUAGCGAAACUGGCGCAGACUAUUGACGCAGUUAGGAACUACUGCUGAAUAUAGGCUGGAAAAUCUCUCUUAGUACAUAUAUCUGUCAAUAAGCUAUAGUACGCUGGUUCGAUUCCAGCCUCAGCCCUUGGUCACUUUAUCGUUCAUACUCGUAUGUGCAAUUUAUUUCAGUUUUAAUUUACAUUAUGACUACUUUAAAAAUAAAAUAACACAGGAUAAAAUAUUUUUAUUGCAAGAUAAUUUAACUUGUAUCAAUUGCCUAUAGAACUACCAUACUACCAAGAUACUACCAAGUUUAGUUUGAGAAACCUGUCAUAAUAUAUUGACUUUUACUACGGCCGAUAGGUAUUACAGUAUCUAGAAAUUUCAAUCAUAGACAUUUCUACCAUAAUUAUGAUACACGUAACACCGAAACACGUAAACAAAUGUGUAAAUAAAGUCAUCACCUCCCGUUGCAUACUUUGUCACUGUCAGAGAAUAGUUUGAAUCCUCUAAACUCUGUUUGUUUUAGUUUCGGCCAAAACCUAGUUUGGAGUUUGGACAAACGUUUUUUAUGCCUUCCUGAAACGUUGGUCGGACACUAGCUACCAUAAAAUGUCAUAUAAUUUAGUUUCGUUUAAAAGUUCGGCAAAUUGAACCUUCGGCCAAAACAUGAUUUUUGUCCCUAAACCGAAUCUUAGAUUUUACGCUACCUUAUUUUCGUGGCCAUCAUAUUGCAUAAUGUUAUGUGCAGUUACAUAAUGAAUAUACUGUAAGUUCAAGAGUUGUUUUCACAGCUUUAAUAUUCACAUAGACCAGUAAGUAAAAUUAUCAAAUAAUAAUUUUUGUUCGAUCCUGAUUUAAAAACAAUAGUUAUUUGUUAUACAAGGGGGCAAAGUUGUAUUUUAACGCCGAGUGUGGAAUUGAAAAACGAGCAAGUGAAAGGUUUCUAUAGUUGAAC